GCGGAGGGAUGAGCCUGGGCUGGGCUAGGAGGGAGAGCGGCUCCAUUGGCUGGGCCUUAGCCAAAGCGGGAUUGUUGCUAGCAGAGGAAAUGGACGGGUGAAGGCAGAAAGCUGCUGUCUCCGGGAUGGAGAGGGUUCCUCUCCACGCUACUCGAGGCUAAGCGCCUGUGCUUGCAGCCGACUGGGAAGGAAUCGCAUUGCAAAAGGGCUUCUGAUCUCUCCUGCCGACUUCAGAUAGAGAAAACAGUGCUUUGUUUACAAAGAGUGCCAGUGAGCACGUUACCGUGAUGGCUCGCAAGCAGUUUGGAAAGUGGGAAAAGUACGGUAAAAGGUAUUGCAGAGACUGGGAAAGAGAAGCUGGAUUAAAAGACUGGGUUCGGAGGGUACCAGGAGAUGAGUCAAAAGCAGCAUGCAGAUACUGCAUGUGUGAAAUCAGAGCUCACCACAGCGAUCUUGUGUCGCACAGUAAAACUAAGAAGCAUAAGAAGCACGUUGCGUUGCUCUCACAGCCUUCAAUGAAUGUGGAUAAACACUCCUAUGAGUUUGAAAAGCGGCAUUCAUUGCAACUUGAAAAAGAAAUGUCAUUUGGAGCCAAACCAGACACAUUCGAUGAAUUCAAGCAUAUGGAAAUGAAUGAUUCCAUAAAUGUGUGUGCUCUGAAAUUAGCCACACACAUAGCUUGCCAUAUGAGCAUUUUUACUGUUGAUCACCUGGGAUGUAUUAUUGGUGGAAUGGCUGAGAAAGACAUAAGCCUUCAUAGGACAAAGUGCUCUACAAUUAUAAGAGAUAUCAUAGGUCCUACAGUCCACAAAGAGCUGCUUCGGGAUAUUGGCAACGGACACUACUCCUUGAUCAUUGACGAAAGUUCUGACGCCGCAUCUUCGCAGAAGCAACUUUGCUUGAUGGUGCGAUACUUCAGCAACAAGCUGAAAUGCAUUGUAUCCUCCUUUGUAGGCUUAAUUACUUUCAGUGACACUGAUCUAAUCACAGAGGCUCUUUUAUCAUUCCUAAACGAAAAUAAGCUCAACAUAAAGAAAUGUGUUGGAAUCGGUGCCGAUGGGCUCAGCGCAAGUAUAUGUGGUCACAAAAAUUCGCUGCUCAAAAAGUUUUAUGAACUCAAUCCUUGCGGUGUUUUUAUUAAGUGCACAUGCCACUCCAUUUAUCUGUGCUUAUCGAGAGCUAUCGAUGUGCUUCCCCUGAACCUAGAAUAUAUGGUUGCGCAGACCUACUUGUGGUUUUCUCAAAGCAUGUUUCACCAGAAACGGUACGCUGAACUGUAUGCUGCACUCAACGUUGGAGAGGUUGCCCUGAAGGUGCUGCAAGUUACCGACACACGAUGGCUAUCUAUUAGCCCCUGCAUUAAUAGAAUACUUAGCCUGUAUGAUACUCUGAAGUUGCAUUUUCAGUCUGUAAAAGACACUGAAAAGGACUACAGUGCUGAGCUGCUCUAUCAAAUGUACUCUGAGCCUCUUAACAGACUUUACCUGGUUUUUCUGCAGCCUCUUGUCCAGGAAGCAAACAGGCUCAGUAAGUUAUUUCUUUUGGAAACUGCUAAUCCAGUUAAACUGAUUACUGAGUUAGUGAUGUUCUACAAGACUCUGUUACAGAGAGUUGUGAAGCCUUUUGCCUUUCCAACAUGGUCGUCCAUAAUGAACUAUGACAUUAGAAGCAAGCAAAACUACCUGGCCCUCUCCGAAGUAAAUCUUGGGAAAGUGUUCCUUUCGGAAUUAUCAGAAGCCAAAAUCUCUUGCCAAAUUAGAGGCGCCAUUCAAACGACGUGUCGGGAUUGUGUUUUUGAGCUUGCAAACCAAAUAAAGCUUCGACUGCCCCCAAAUGUGGAUCAUCUUGAAUCGCUCACCGCUCUAAAUCCUUCAGUAGUUCUGAGUCCCCUAAGACCUGCAUUUUCAGCUUUGUCGUUUUUGUCAUUAUACAGAGGGGAUCACUUGCAAUUGGAGCAACAGUGGAGGAAUCUGGAUACCGUUUCUUGGACAAACACAGAAGAUAGCCAGAUAGAACAGUUCUGGGUAGAGGUUGUAAAACAUACAGAUGAGGUGGGAGAUAAAGAUUUUGUUGAGCUAGGAUUAUUUGCCCUUGCACUUCUCACUCUGCCCUUCAGCAGUGCAGCCGUGGAGUGUACAGUUUCACAAAUGAAUCUGAUAAAGCACAAGCUGAAGAACAGGCCGCAGGACAGCCUGUUAGAAAAUAUUCUAAGGAUCAGAGCUUACAUGCACAGAAAUAAGAUUUGCUGCAACCAGUUUCAGCCAUCCAAAGAGAUGAUUUCUUUGUUCAGUAGUGAAUUUUAUGCUGUUGCUAAUAGCAAGGAUGCUAUAGAAGGCUACGAUGAUAUUUUUUGAAGAAGAAAAAGUCAAGAUUUUUAAAAUUGCAUUCUUAUAAGAGCAUUGAGUGACUAUUUGCCUUUCUGACAUUCUCUUACAAAUGAAUUCACUGUUUUUAGUGUCAUUUCCACUGGUUUUUCAAUUCUGUGUAUUAUCUGAAACAUGCUGCCUUUUACUGCAGAAGUAAGAUACCAUUGAUUAAAUAUGCAGUUUUGAAUAUGCCUUGUAUUUUGCCUUUGCUGCAGGCUUCCAGGUGCUCGCAGCUAGUGAGACUGCGAGAGAUAUCAAGUUCUUAAAAUCUGUUACUUCAUAUUACUCUCUUCUGUCAUUUAAAAACGGUUCUGCAUUCUUAAAAAUAGCUUAAAAUCAGACUAUACUACCUGGCGACAAUAUUUAUUGUGCAGUCUUGCAUGUAAAAAUGCUGCAGCAGGGACUGGAAUUUAUAGAGCUGCCGAGAUUCAUGUAGAAGGCUUGAGUCAGCUCAGUGAAAUCUACUCUUCCUUUCCCUUUAAUCAGCUGACUGUCACACCAUAUCACAUACUGCUUUUGAAACACCUUUCAGUUUCAAAAGCAGUUUGGUUUUGUUGGGUGUCUGAGAACACAGAGCUAGGUUUACAUUUGUUUACAUCAUAGCCAACAUGUUUGCAUCAUCUACUGUUGAGAACUAAAAUAGGAAAACCAAUUCUCUGAUGAGAAACAAACCCUGAAAUUAGUAUAUUAAACUUAGUUUGCUUAAGUUUGCUUAAUUUACUUCUCUGAAGUCAGUAGGAUAUUUUAAUAAAAAUAUUGAUAAGUGACUCCAAAGUUGUAUCGAGCAAGGAUUUAAUGGUAGCUCAGUGUGAAUUUAGUAAAGUGUGAAUUUAGUAAAGUUUUAAAUUUGCUUUCGGAAUAAUACUGUUCUUUCAGAAUACAGUAACCUAACAGUAAACAUUGGCAAUGGGCAGGAUUGGAAGCGGGCAUCAACUUCAGUUUAGUGCAAACAUCAAAUCUUCAGGUGUCUAUUUCUAGACAACAGUGCAUGGAGUUUUUAAGUUUUACAACAAUUAUACCAAGGCCUUAAAAGUCAACGUGUUUUGGUACUUGUGUCAGAUUUAAUCACCAAUAAUAAUCUUCUGGCAACACACAAAUUAAAACCCAUACCAAAAUGAGCUGCUUAUUGCAUGAAUAUUUGACAAAUAGCAGGAACUGAGCAGUGAAUGCAUAAAUGAUUAGAAGAAAAUGGAGUCAACUUGUAGCUUGACUUUUUAAAAUACGUAAACAUACUGAUUACAAGCUUCUUAUGUAAUUGUUAGACUGCUAGCUUUAAAUGCAAACUAAAGCUUACUUACCUAGACCUAAGUUUUCUGGAGAGCUUUUGAAUGAACUUUUCUAAAAUCUGGAUAUAAAUGGCAAAACAAAAUGUAUCUAUGACAAGAUAAAUUAUUAGGUUUAGAAUUCAAAUUUGCAAGAGGCUUUUGAAAAAGAUAUAUAGCUUUUGGUUAUAUUUGCAUUAUUAUUAGCAUGUAUUUCAUUCAUUCCUUGGUAGUGUGGUGUGUUAAGACAGACGAUGACAGAUAUAAACCUUCUUUGCUGACAUUUAAAAAAAAAUCCUCAUGAAAACUGCCGCUCUACUUUACACUAAAAGGAUAAUGAUUACCGUAAUACAUAGAGUGGGAAAAUACAUCUGUGUCCAUUAACAUUACAGUUUUAGGAACUGACAUUUUUUAUUGACUCAUCUAAAUAUAUAUGUGUAUAUAUAUUUAGCAAUAUACAGUUGUGAAAGCAGUCUAAAAAUAAAAAGCGACAUUCAAUGCUUUUAAAAUUCAGAGCAGGCCCAUUUAAAUCAAUAAGACUUUAUUUCAGUAGGUACAUUAUGUGUAUGAGUUAGUUGACUUACCACCCAAAAGGAUCUUAACUGUAUUCUAGAUAUUUGAACAAAUGUUUGUUGUUUAUAUAAAUAAUUAUUUUUAUAAUAAACAUUUACAUUGUUUUGAA